ACACUGGACUUCCUGGAGGAACCGCUGCUGCUGUUAGCUCCGUGGCUAACUGUUUAGCUAAUUGUUUAGCUAGCUGUGUAGCUAACUGUUUAGCUAGCUGUGUAGCUGGCUCUGUAGCUAGCCCCUCGGUCAUCAAACAUGGAUCCAAUCAACAAAGACACGUUUAAUUAACACAGUUAUCAGCGCAGUGAGUUAAUUCAAGUCCCGCCUCUUCGCCAGUGAGUCCCCGCCCGCAGCUAGCAGGCUAACAGCUAACAGGCUAGCAGGCUAACGUCAUGAUGGCGUCCAGCUACAGCGCUAAAGACGAGGACGGACACAUCACGGUGACCGGGCCCGGCGGCGCCGCGCUGCGGAGCAAGAAGCCGGAGAACACGGCGUUCAAGCAGCAGCGGCUCCCGGCCUGGCAGCCCAUCCUCACCGCGGGCACCGUGCUGCCGGCCUUCUUCAUCAUCGGACUCAUCUUCAUCCCCAUCGGCAUCGGCCUGUUCGUCACGUCCAACAACAUCAGGGAGUUCGAGGUUGAUUACACUGGAGUGGACGAGUCCAGUCCCUGUUUCAACUGCUCCCAGAACUUCAGCUGGAACAGCACCACGCCGUGUAGCUGUUCGAUUCCCUUCACGCUGGAGCAGUCGUACGAGAAUAACGUCUUCAUGUACUAUGGCCUCUCCAACUUCUACCAAAACCACCGUCGCUACGUCAAGUCCCGAGACGACAGCCAGCUGAACGGACACCUGGGGUCCCUGAAGCAGCCCAGUAAGGAGUGUGAGCCGUACGCCAAACAUGAGAACAAGCCCAUCGCACCGUGUGGGGCCAUCGCCAACAGCAUGUUCAACGACACGUUGGAGCUGUUCUACCACGACCCCAACGGCACGAAGGUUCUGAUUCCUCUCCGAGCGACGGGCAUCGCGUGGUGGACGGACAAACACGUGAAGUUCGGGAACCCGGGAGACGGCCUCAACCUGACGGCCGAGUUCCAAGGAACCACGAAGCCGGUGAACUGGAGGAAGCCGGUCUACGAGCUGGACGCCGACCCGCUGAACAACGGCUUCAUCAACGAGGACUUCAUCGUGUGGAUGAGGACCGCCGCGCUGCCCACCUUCCGCAAGCUCUACCGCAUCAUCAGCAGGAAGGACAACAUGGUUCCCACUCUGCUGCGAGGAAACUACAGCCUGGAGGUCGUCUACAAUUAUCCCGUUCGCAGCUUCGAGGGCCGGAAGCGAAUGAUCCUCAGCACCAUCUCCUGGAUGGGAGGGAAGAACCCGUUCCUGGGCAUCGCCUACAUCACCGUGGGCUCCGUCUGCUUCUUCCUGGGCGUCGUCCUGCUCAUCAUCCACCACAAGUACGGGAAUCGCAACAACAGCGCUGACAUCUCCAACUGAAGCCCCGCCCCCACGCCGCUCAUGUGAUCAUGUGACACGUCCGUCCUGGUAAACGUUCAUGUGGUGACCAGAAUAUCAGCAGCUGCAGUCGGCCUCUAGUAACUUGCUCUGUCCACUAUGGUCCAUCACAAAAAAUUAAAAUAUGUCGCAAAGUCACACUUUCUGCUGCUUUUAGCGUUAAAUGUAUAAAAUUAGAGUUCACAUUUAAGUUUGUAAAGACUUGAAUGAAUUCAAGAUUAAAUAAUACAACUUCAUUCAGGAUUAUUUAGGGACUCGCACUGAAACGGUGGAAAAUAACUGCAGUACUUUGUCAUGUGUUUAGUUUUUAUUAAAAUGAAGCUUUAACCACCUGAAGAGUUAAACUUCUACAGUUACAAUACAAGAGGUCAACUGUUUUGGGGGAAAUGCACCUUUUAGUUUAAGAUGAGAAGAUGGAUAUUGAACCUGUCUGACUGUAAUGAACUUGUAAUGGUUGUUACUUUACUGUGGCGCUCAUAUCUGACUGUUACAUUAAUUUAGAAUUUAAAAGGUUGAUACUAAUUUUGACUUAUUUCAGCCAAAGGAUAAAUCAAAUGUAAUAUUGUCCCACAAGAAAUAUAUCCUGGCAUCAGAGGGCGUCUUAUUGACCGGACGCUAUCGUAAUGUGAAUUCAUUUCAAGCCCAAAACGUGUCCUCAAAUUCUGCCCUUGAACUUUGAGUGUGAAAGUUUUCGGUAACUUUCCAAACCAUAAGGAGCUUGUUGUUUCUUACUCCUGAGCUGCAUGCUGGGAUGUGACCAUCCAGGUGCACGCUGGGAUGUGACCAUCGAGCCGCUGGAACCGCUCGUCUUUGUGCCUCAUUCAGCCUUUGUCCAGUUUAGCACUCAAACUUGUGUUGGGAAUAUGGGAGCUGUACGAAUAUGUUUUCUUGUUUUUUGUAUUUAUUUUAAGAAUGUGAAGAUAUGUUUGCGUUGUGAAGCCAGUAUUUGCACGUUAGACCUCAGGGGUUUUGAAUCGAAAGUGAUUUUAAAGUUUGCUGCACAUGAACACGCUGUCGUCGCUUCGCUCUUUGUCGUUCACACGUAACAAUAACGCAGCAUGAUGAAAUACACGUGAUUAAAUGUUUCAGUGUUCAACAUGUACACGACAGUCGAGUAGUUUAACAGCUGAAUAUGAACCAAACACAUUAAACCUGUCAAGUAGAAGCUGCAUGUAAACGUGUGCUGAGUAAAGAUUUGUUUAUUUUGUGAUUCUGAGACGCACUCGAUUUUCUUUUGAUACUUUAUCUGUUGCUUUGUUGCUCUAAAGGAAUAAAAUUGUUCAAAUGGAUAACAA